GGUAGCUUAAGGAGGAGUCAGUCAGCACCAAGCAGCGGUCGUCGUGAAUUAUUUGGUUCCAUCCAGCACACGACGGGAACGGCAUCGGGCGACACAUUGACGCCGACACAGCCCCUCCCGAGUGACACGGGUUUCCCAAAAAGUCCCCUGCCCUCUGUUCCCAAUCCCUGCGCACUCAGACCUCCUGCAAACUGGUGAGGGGUUUGUUGGCGAGAAGAGUCGAGGAAAGCGCAGCGAUCAUCGUCCUGUUGACGAGCUAGCAGCUGCUUGCUUACGGACGGACUACUGUCGCCGGCUUUCUUGCCUUCUCCGCGCCAUCCCAACUCCAUAGCCCCUUUUGUUUCCCCGCCUGCCCCUCUUCGCACGUCCCUGUCUUGGCCAGAGUGUGAAGCCCGUCCGGUCUUAUUCCAUACAUCUUUUGAGCCAUCCAGCAUCGCGCACCCGGCAGCACCAGCAGCCCUCAAACACGCCGCGCCCAAGCCCAAGGAUGCCUUUCGGUCGCACUGGCAGGCAACACAACCGUUCUCAACACGACCUGGUUGACACGGUUGGUCCUGCUGCUUCUCUAGCUUCCGCCGACGGCGGCUCAGCUGCCGCACGCGCUGGAAACGCAGCCGCUGGAAACACCCCCCUUUCAGCCUCGUCAAACGCGGCCUUCAGCUCCAACGAGUCCUUUGACAGCACACAACAGCCACCCCAAUCGCAAUCACAGUCACAGUCACAACCACAGUUGCAAUCACAGCCCCCUCAUCCACCGCCGCACACUGUCAGCCUCUACACCAGUCCGCAGGGAGGCGUCAACACCGCCAGCGUCUCGCCGCUGCAUCAUUCGAAUACCGUCUCUGCUGCCUUCAAUCCCCGCCAGAAGGACCCCGACUUCGCCGAUCAGGUGUCCCGCUCCCAAUCGCACCGCUUCUCCCAGGUAUCCCCUAUCCAGAACCAGCACCCGCACCACCAAUACAGUCCCUCCGGCUCCGUAAACAACCUCCAGAACGUCCCACUCGUCACCUCCCCCGUUGCAGUCCAGGGACAGCCAGUCGCACCUCCGCACCAACCCCAGGCCCAGCCGCCCAAGAAGCGAAAUUUCAUCAAGAACAUCCUAAGCGGCAACAACAACAGCAACAACAGCAACCGUGGUCCGGAUCCGCACCAGCACGUCUCCCAGAACUCGUACAACAACACCGCCGGCCUCGCUCGCAGGCCUUCGAAGCGAGUGAGCAACCCUCCCCCAAUCAGGACCGGUGCCUCCCAGGUGUCGCUUGAACAGCCGUCGGUCGACUGGCAAUCCCAAGGCCCGCCCUCACGAGGAUCUCCUCUCCAAGGCGUAGGGGAGUUGCAAGAUUCAUACCUGGUCAACGAGUCUAACCAACAAUUGCGCCUGCAGAACCCCCAAGAUAUACAGCAGCACAAUACUCCUACCACCAUACGUCAGGUUGCCGCCGACGUUGACCCUCCAUCCUACGGCAGCAGCGGAGAGCUUGCAUAUCUUGGGCAACACGGCCAUAUCCAGCUGCUGCAAGGCCAGACACCAACCGAGCUGCAGCAACACCAGUACAACCAAGUUGUCUUUGACCCUUCACAGCAGCAGCAGCAGCAGCAGCAAUACCAAUUUGCCAGCCCGCAACAGGUCCAAUAUCGUAGUGGGGUACAUCUGGGCAGCAGCCAGCAUCAGAACCCGGAGACUGUAUCGCAGCAGUCGCAUGAAUCACCGAUAGCUGACUCGGACCAACAUUCAACCACCGGCGCCCAACCAGCCCAGGUGUCUCCAGCGGUGAACUAUUCACCUCAAAACGAAAUUUCUUCACCGGGCCAGAACAUGCCCCCUCCGACACAGCCUCAUAGUCGGCGUUCACAAGAGACAGACAAGCCACCGCCCGGUCCACCGCCGUCAUAUAGGCAUAAUCAGCAGCCGCAGAAUAUGAGCAACCUGCCACCGCCGCCGGCGGUUCCGCAGCAGUCUAACUACCGCCAAACUUCGGGGUCGGAGAGACAGCAGUUCGAAGGACAAGGUGUGGAGCAAGGCCGCAACAGCCCGCAGCCACCUACAAGCGAUAGAGGCGAGACGGAUGAGAAGGCCUUCAAGGACCUACUGAGCAAGUACAAGAACGUCAAGCGGCUGUAUUUCGAUGGCAAGAAGGAUAUAGAACAGCUCACUCUGCAGAUCGAGCAGCUCCAGAAUGCCCUUGCCAAACAGCGCAUGUCGCAGAGUCGAACGGCGCUGGAUGAUAGCGAGUACAUCACACGGUUUAACCGGCUGAACGGCGCCAUCAACAACCUGUCUUUCAACAUCCGCAAGGACUGGGUGACCCUGCCUUCCUGGCUGGCCCCCUACGUUAGCAGCGACGCUGUGAAGACGGGCAAGCAGGAGAUGACGGCCAUCGGCCGUGCGGUGAUUACCCGAUGGGUGAUGGAGGAGAUAUUCAACAGCUGCUUCCACCCCGGGCUCGACCCGGAGCUUAGUAGGGAGCUGAAGCGUAUCGAACACAACAUUCGACACUUCAGUUACACCAUGAGCAGUCAGGAGGAAUACCUUGCCCUCACGGGCAAGGUCGUCAGCUGGCGGAUGGCGACCCUAGAAGGUCUUGCCGAUGUUCUCCGGAGCCCCGGCAGCGCCGACCACAAGGCGGACUUCACCCGCCACGCUACGAGCAACCUGACGGCGUGCCUGUUCCAGCACCUGGCAGAUCCCCCUCCUCCCGGGGUGGACGGGAGCGCGAGCAUGAUUGUCGAACUGGCCGUCGCCAUCGCCAGCAGCCUCCCCCUGGAGAGCCGCGACGUGGCGAUCACAUAUCCCCUGCCGGAGCAGCCCAUCCAGCCAGAGACCAUGGAGGUUGAGAAGGCGGGCCUGCCGCCAUUGGACGGGCGGCCCUCGGAAGCUGGCGAGGAGGGCGCGGGCGAGGAAGGCGGAAAGGACGGCGGGUCGAAGGACGGAAGAGAUCGACGGGCCGACAAGGCCAGAUCAGGUAUGUUAUAUAUCCGUCCCUAGGCGGCGGCCUCGGCGAUAAUACGCCAGGCAGCAGAAAGGGAGGUGCGCUUGCUGACCACUUACC